CCUCUGUUUUUUCUCUUCUAUUUCUCUCUGCAUUAUUUAUAUCUCCUCGAGAUCCAGAGAGGAAGACAGUGAGGGGGGACAGAGAGUCAAGAGUGAGAGAGAGAGAGAAGGAAAGAGGGAAAGAUAAUUCUGAAGCAACAAUGGCGGUUUCUCUGAGGUGGUUUUCUCUGUGUUUUGUGCUGCUGUUGUUGUUUGUCGCUGUAAUGGCUAGAGUAGGAGAGGCGGUUUCUGAAGCGAGGAUUAAAGAAGCAGAGGAGUUGCUGAGAUCAAAGAACUCAUCAAUCGCCGGAAGGUUGGGUGUGGGUAAUGAACAUGCCGUUGAGAAUCCGGAGGAAGUCGCUUCCAUGGUGGAGAUGAGCAUACGCAACAGCACCGAAAGGAGGAAGUUGGGCUACCUGUCCUGUGGCACAGGAAAUCCCAUUGAUGACUGUUGGCGCUGUGACCCAAACUGGCAAAUCAACCGCAAGCGCCUCGCUGACUGCGGCAUUGGCUUUGGGCGCAAUGCCAUCGGUGGUCGCGAUGGCCGCCUCUACGUGGUCACCGACCCUGGUGAUGAUGAUCCAGUCAACCCUCGACCUGGCACCCUCCGGCAUGCAGUCAUCCAGGAUAUGCCUCUGUGGAUCGUGUUCCAGCGCGACAUGGUUAUCACUCUCAAGGAGGAGCUCAUCAUGAACAGCUUCAAGACCAUUGACGGCCGUGGUUCCAAUGUCCACAUUGCUAAUGGAGCUUGCAUCACCAUCCAGUUUGUCACCAACAUCAUCAUCCAUGGACUACAUAUCCACGACUGCAAGCCCACUGGAAAUGCCAUGGUCCGGAGUUCCCCAUCUCACUUUGGAUGGAGGACUAUGGCCGACGGUGAUGCCAUCUCCAUCUUUGGAUCUAGCCAUAUCUGGGUCGAUCAUAACUCUCUCUCCCACUGCGCUGAUGGCCUUGUGGAUGCUGUCAUGGGCUCGACUGCCAUCACCAUUUCUAACAACCACUUCGCCCACCAUAAUGAGGUAAUGUUGUUGGGUCAUAGUGAUUCCUACACAAAAGACAAGGAGAUGCAAGUGACCAUCGCUUACAACCAUUUCGGAGCAGGUCUCAUUCAGAGGAUGCCAAGGUGUAGGCAUGGGUAUUUCCAUGUGGUGAACAACGACUAUACUCAUUGGGAAAUGUAUGCAAUUGGGGGAAGUGCAAACCCAACCAUCAACAGUCAGGGAAACAGAUACCUUGCCCCAACGGACCCUUUCGCCAAGGAGGUGACAAAGCGGGUGGAAACAGCUCCAGGUGUGUGGAAGGGCUGGAACUGGAGGUCAGAGGGAGACAUGAUGUUGAACGGAGCCUACUUCACUCCAUCUGGAGCUGGGGCUUCAGCCAGCUAUGCAAGGGCCUCAAGCCUUGGAGCCAAGUCCUCUUCCAUGGUGGCCUCGAUGACAUCAGGUGCUGGCGUUCUCAGCUGCCGCAAGGGCGGGCAGUGCUAGUUAACCUCUCAAUCCA